GGGGGCAGGGCGGGGGGAGGGCAGCGGCGAGCCGCGGGUCGGCCCCAUUGGCUGUGCCUCGUCGCAGGCCUUCACCGCUACGUGUGGCUGGUCUACGAGCAGACGGGGCCGCUCAAGUGCGACGAGCGCGUGCUGUGCAACCGCUCUGGGGACCAUCGCGGCAAGUUCAAGGUGGCCGCCUUCCGCAGCAAGUACAAGCUGGGCGCCCCCGUGGCCGGCACCUGCUACCAGGCCGAGUGGGACGACUACGUGCCGCGGCUGUACGAGCAGCUGGCCGGGAAGUAGGCCCCGCGCGGCCGCCCCUCCCCCCACGGCCCGCUGGUGGGGGGCCGAGACACCCUUAGUAGUUUAGGGCGGGGCUUGCUUUUGGGGCACCCCCGGCGGGGGUCAGUAAGGGCAGGGUGGGGGGAGGGGGUCUCCACGUUAGUAAAAGUCAUGAUUCGAUUCCGGAGCACAUCCACAGAGAGAGAAUCUGUGCAGACACCCGCCGGGAGCUGAGUCUCAGGAGAAUGCUAUUGAGGCUCCUCUCGGUGUGUGUUCCAGCCCGGCCCGGCCUGGGCCUUCCUCGUCUCCCCACGUGGCUCUGGCCAGGAGUUGGACCGGGCGGCCACCAUCCCACCUCCCGGGAAGCCUUCUUUUCCCAGAGAAUCAGAUCCGUAUCAACCCCACAAAGAGAUUCUGGACCGCCUGAAAGCCGCCUUUGGCCUCCUGCUUCUUUGGAAACAGCUCAGUGGGCCCAUUUGGGGGGUUUGGAGCAGGAAAGGCAGUUGUGGGUUUAACUCCCCCCCUCCCCCAUCCCCCCAGUUGAGAAGUGGCCGUGGCCGGGCAGGUCCAGCUUUAGGUUAGAGAUGUUUGUGUUGUGAGAGAAGCAGGACCGACUUCCUGAUAUUUGUGUUUAACUCUGCCGUUUGCUUGUAGUUGAAGUAAAAUAAACUGGAAUGGAAUGAC